ACGUUUAUUUUCUGAUUGGCCAGUAUUAACACCUCAGGAACUUGAUGCGUUUCUUGGUUUACUCAUUCUCCAAGCAGCGAAUAAUGAUAACUGCCACCCUGUACAUGAGCUGUGGAGCAAAGCGGAAGGAAGAGCGUUAUAUGGAGCCGUAAUGUCUCGUGACCGUUUUAAGCAGAUUCUCGUUGCUCUUCGCUUUGAUGAUCCCUUAUCGCGUCAUGCCUUUGUCAAAAAAGACAAACUGACACACAUUCGCAAUGUGUUGAACUUAUGGGUGCCGCUUUUGUUUGCAAACUACGUGCCGGGAGAGAAUGUGACAGUCGACGAACAGCUGCUCCCGUUCAAGGGCCGUUGUCAUUUCAAGCAGUAUAUGCCCAAUAAGCCCCGCAGUAAAUACGGCCUUAAAAUUUUUAUGGUUUGUGACAUUAAUGGAUACUGUUUGAAUUUCCAAAUCUACGUCGGUAGAACCACCGAUGGACCACCGGAAAAAAAUCAGGGACAGCGGGUGGUAAUGGAUAUGGUGGAGCCUUUUGGUUGCAACUCGGGGAGAAAUGUUUAUAUGGAUAAUUUUUUUACGAGUCUGCAAUUGGCCGAAAAACUUUGGGAACGUAAUAUGACAUUGAUUGGCACCAUCAGAAAAAACAAAGCGGAAGUUCCGCUACAGUUCUUGCCACACAAAGACCGUGCAGUGUAUUCCAGCUUGUUUGGCUACCACGAACAAUAUACCAUUGUUUCAUAUGUGCCGCGCGCCCGAAGGGCUGUAAUCCUAUUGAGCACGCUGCACCAUGAUAGCGAGAUCGAUGAAACACUGGUGAACAAUGACGGAAAACAGCUAAACAAGCCGGAAAUAAUUCUGGACUACAACAAAGGAAAAGCUGGCGUAGAUUUAUUAGACCAGAUCAUCAGUUACAACAGCGUAAAGCGAAAGUGCCGACGUUGGCCAAUGGCCGUGUUCUUUGGGAUUGUUGACGUGUCUUUGCAUAACAGUUUCGUAAUAUGGGAUAACAUCAACCCCGGCUGGAAUAUUGCUUCGCCUCAUAGACGCCGUACUUUUUUGCGGAAAGUCGGAUAUGCGUUAAUUACACCCCAACUACUAAACCGCCGAAAUGUGAAGACUUUGCAUAUCGACAUUAAGUGUCAGAUUGACGUUGUUCUGAAUUUUUUGGAAAUUCCUUUGCCUACUAAAUCCGCUGAACCUUCCCCGGCAGUACUAACAAAACUGACCUCACGCGUUCGCUGCAAACCAUGCUACGAUAGCGAGAGGCGAACUUCCUGCACAUCAACGUGUUGUGCCGGAUGUCAAGUUCCAGUGUGCGGCAAGCACACCAUUCGUUUGUGCCAGCUGUGUGCAAAGGGGAACCUAGAUUCUGAUUCUGAGACACUGGAGUGACCGAUAACAUUGUGGAGUGUGGAUUUCUUUGCAGUUUGACUUCUACAUUUGCUUACUUUAACUUCGUGUUUUAGAAUGUUAAUUAGUUGUACUCAAUAUAAAAUAAUUACGGGCGUGUAACUGUAACGUGACUCUUGCGAUUAAACUCUGAUAAGUGUGCUGAACACGGUGUGGUGCAGUAGCCUCUCUGUGUCCCUUUCAGAUCUAUUUUCCCUUUCAUUUGUCAGUAGCGCCAAACAGACCAAUGGCUAGCACUUGUAUCAGUUUGAUGCAGUUAGGCGUUAACGGAUAAAAAUAUGUCAGGCCAUUAAGAGUUAAUUUACUACUUUUGGUUGUAGUACAAAUCAUACUUUUCCUUUCGAAUGGCUUAUGCCUACG